AUGGCUACGACGGCUCCCACCCCGGCUCCGGCGACCAUGACCCUGCCCGCCAUGGCGGUCCAGAAGGUGUCCUCCCCCAAGGCCGGCAACGACCGGAAGGUCGUCCCGGUCAUGGCCCCCGACGAGGCCGUCCAGGUCCCGGAGAUGCACGUGCUGGCGGUCGACGACAGCGUCGUCGACCGCGCAGUCAUCGCCAAGAUCCUCCGCAGCUCAAAGUACAGAGUGACCACGGUGGACUCUGCGACGCGCGCGCUGGAGCUCCUGGACCUGGGCCUGAUCACGGACGUCAACAUGAUCAUCACCGACUACUGGAUGCCGGGGAUGACCGGCUACGAGCUGCUCAAGCGCCUCAAGGGCUCCUCCGACCUCCGGGAGAUCCCCGUCGUCAUCAUGUCCUCCGAGAACGUGCCCACCCGCAUCACCCGCUGCCUCGAGGAGGGCGCCGAGGACUUCCUGCUCAAGCCCGUCCGGCCGUCGGACGUCUCACGACUCUGCAGCCGCAUGAUCAGAUGA